AGUCACACUUUGGUGUUCGCACGUUCAACAUUAUUUUUUUUCCUUUCUCAUUUCUCCUUCUCUCUCUCACUAUGUUCGUCCCCAAAAUGAAGAAUGAUGCUCUUUGAUUCGGAGGUGAUCAUACAUUGUUUGGAAGUUUGUUAAAUAAUAUAGUACGAUUUUUCAUGAUGAACUAAUAAUGAGUGAAGUGAGUGAUGAUUCAUGGUGUUUCGAGUCAACGAAUUAAUUCUACCAAAUUAUAAACGUGUGCAAAAUUAUCAUACGAAAUACUGUUGUGAUCUUCGAACGUGUUAAGUUCCGUUUAAAAAUAAAUUGUACAUCAAAAUUUCUCUUUUUGAUAGACAAAGUGAUUGGGAUUAUGGUUGCAAAAAGUUUCUGUUUAAAUUCAAUUAACUAACUAUUGAAGUGAUCGAUGAAAUUAUAUUUUGAUGACACGGUCGAGAAAAAAAAAUUAUUCCAAAGAUUAAUUUAUUGAUCUUAUUAUGGCUUUAAAAAUGCUUUACCGUGGGCCGAGUACACGUCUUGAAACACUUAUUGAAAAAAUUCAACAAAAUAAAGACAGUAGCCCAGAUAUUGAUUCAUCAAAUACAUCACCAAGCUAUUCGCCGUCACUUCCUGACAUGGCAUCAACUCCAAAUUUCGAAGUGGAUAAUAUUCUUAGCAUUAAUAACAAUAAUAAAAUCACAGCGAAACAACAUCAUCAUCAUCAUCAGCAGCAGCAGCAGCAGUAUCAUCAUUCGGAGCAUUCACUUGGUGAGAAUGGUGGUAUAAAUGAGAACAUAUUGCCCGAACGGGAUGAAAAGCAUGAUGAAGAAACGGGAACCACACCGGCAAUGAAAGGAGCUCAACGUAUAUCAUCGGAAACAGGGGUUGCCUAUUCGCCGAUCAACGCCACUAUUAAAGUAUCGUCAAGAGUGCAUAGCGAGCAACCCACAAUGACGACAGCAAAGAGCAAAGGGGAAGGCAGUCGACUCGGAAAAUAUGCUAAAAUUAAUGGAACCACAUCACAAUUACCAUCAAAUGCGACUAACAAUAACGUCGAAGGCUCUUAUCAUUGUCAGUUUUGUGAUAAAUCAUUUCCCAGGCUGGGAUACUUAAAAAAGCAUGAACAGAGUCAUGCGGAGCACAUGCCAUUCAAAUGUGAAUAUUGCGCACGAUUGUUCAAGCACAAGAGGUCACGGGAUCGACAUACAAAACUACAUACGGGAGAUCGGCGCUACCGCUGUCCACACUGCGAAUCCGCUUUUUCAAGAAGCGAUCACUUGAAAAUACACAUGAAGACCCACGACAAUCAAAAACCAUUCCAAUGCACAGUUUGUAAUCGUGGCUACAAUACGGCCGCUGCGUUAACCUCCCACAUGCAGAGCCACAAGAAGCAAGCAGCACUUCAAAGGAACAGUACAUUAAACUACAGCCCAAGAUCCACGGGGUCAGCGUCAAGUAGCAACAGUUUAUAUAAACGCAAAUACUCACCACAUAUUGAUCAACGAGAUACCCCAAGCCAGUCUUCGCUUUUGGCUGUCAAUGCUAAACGCUUUGCCUAUCACAGCAACAAUACCUCAAUUUUGUAUUGUAUCUACUGCACUAAGAAUGAUUUCGAAAAUUUGGAGCAAUUACAUUCUCAUGUUCAACAAAUGCACGCUAUUGUUUUGCGAGAGGCAGCAGCAAGUCCAUUUUCUGGAAUUAGCCCUAGUCUUCAUUUGACGUGUGAAUUUUGCACCAUGAAGUUUCCAUCGAUUUCUAGUAUGUUUCAACACAUUCGUUCGAUGCAUAUAGAUCGAAUUGGUAAUCCAGCCACUUACAUGGAACACAUUGGUAGACGAUCGACUGGUUUCGCCGAUGCAAAUGACAAUUACCGUCGAAAGUCUAGCGAAAAUUUUGUGCAUCCACUCGAGUAUUCGAAACCCGAAGAAAAUCAUCUUAAACACGAAUCAAACACAUCGAAAGGCGAACACGAUACAACUGGAAAAAAUCUAAAUGAACAAGCAAAGCACCUUCAAAAUGGUGACGUUAAACAAGAUGAUUUACCGACCGAUUUGAGCAACAAAAAAUCGGAAUCGAAAUUGAGUGAAAAACGUGAAGAUUCCAACGAAGUGAAUCACUCACCAAAUAACAGCCCAAUCGAUUCAUAUGUAAACCGAAAGCGACUACAAAAAACUACACCCGACUUCACGAAUACCAGUCCAGAUCCAUUGCGAUGCAGUCAAUGCACUUUGAUCCUCCCAAACAUUGAAGCUUUCCGUGAUCAUCUUCGAAAUCAUUUGGUACGUGGCGAGUUGAAGAACUUUGUGUGCUUCCAAUGCGGUCUCACAUUCACCAACCAAAACGAGUACGAAUUGCACGUCUCAUCCCAUUUCUUAAUCAGUACCACAGAGUAUACGUGUUCGUUUGGGUGUAAUAAACAUUUUGUUAACGCUGAAAGUAUGCAAAAGCACUUGUUUGAUGCGCACGCUCAAAAUGUUUGGAAGUGUGGUAUUUGUUACGAAAUUUUCGAGUCAAAAAUGGCAAUACAAAUUCAUUUUGCGAUGACACAUUCAAAUAAAGAGGACUCAUUUAGGUGCUCAGCAUGUAUGGAAGCGUUCGAAACAGAAAAUGAAUUUAAAAACCACGUACGAACGCAGCAUUCAUUAAUGCUUUCACUGCCAAAUCUGCAAUGUUCCCUAUGUAGAACGGUUUGUUCGUCUGAGCUAGAGAUGCAUUUUCACAUGGCAACUCAUUCACGGCAAGGAGUUGCAUUCCGUUGCACCUUAUGUCCAGAGGCAUUUCAUAUAGAGUUUCUUUUAGAACGCCAUAUGCAAACACAUCACUGUCUUCCGGAGAAGGAUUCGCUGGGACCGUAUAAGAUCGAUAAUCUUAACAACAACAUGUUUGACUACAGUUAUGCGGCAAAGAAACUCUACCCUUUUAGCACCGGAGCAGGACCAACGAAACUCUUUGAUUCACUGAACAUACCAUCAUCAUCGUCAAGCCCUGCAUCAUUGAAACUACCGCCUCCGUUGUACGAACUUUAUGAUAACAUCGGAAAAACGUUUUCACAGCACACUCACACUCUUUCGAAACAUUUUUCAAAUAUUUCCAAAUCGUUUUCCGAACAUUUGGACCAAUCGCAACAAUUUUCAAAACCAUUUGCGGAACAUUCGCCAGAAAUUCCAUCGUUCUUAAACUUGUACAAAUCGGAAUAUGCAUCGAAAAGUUUUCUAAGAUCCAAUCCACUGGUAUUCAUGCCUCCAACGUCUACCGCCGAUCAACAUUACAAUGAGAAAAAAGCAUCUGCUGACACACCACUCGCAUGCAAUGUCUGCAAUAUCUGCGAUCGCAAAGACUUCCAAAGUGAAUUGGAAAUGUUGACACAUCAAAAGAUCACACACAAUAUGAAAACCGGCGUUAGCCUCAAUUGCGCCUAUUGCAACGACAACUUCCGGUCAAGAAACGAACUGGAAAAUCACAUGAAAACAGUCCACACCGGUGGCAAGCACAAAUGCUUGAUUUGUGACGAAAUUUUCCCAUCGGCGGAUAUUCUCGCUGAACAUAAGCUGAAUCAUUCGAAAGUUGGGGUUCAGGGGAAAUGCACCUACUGUUCUGCAAAUUUGCCGGAUAUCCAAGGCUUCAAAUCUCAUAUGGCCGAGCACGGAAAUGUUGAAUUACCGGUUCAGUGCAUCUGCUGUCGCCAAACAUUGAGUUCACAAUUCGAAAUCGAUCUGCAUGCCAAGUUUCAUGUGAGUUCAUCAUCCAGUGAUGGUGAGGAGCGCAACUGUGCACUGUGUUUAGUCGCACUGCCACCCAAAUAUGGAUCGAAAGUGUGCAAAAAAUGCUACGAAAAACACAACAAUCACAACAAACAUGCUGCAUAUUCCCUUUCAAAGGAGAUCGACCUAACAGUAAAAGAAACUAUUUUGAAAUCGAAUAUUGAACCAUUGCCUGACCAUCAUUGCAAUCUGUGCAAAAAACCAUUUUCAACUGCAACCGAAUUGGAAGAACACCUAAUUGAGCAUUCGUUUCGAGGAUGCGAGGAGCGUGGCUACAAUUGUUACAUAUGCUCAGCGAUUUUCACUCUGCCGUCUGGAUUGCAUCAACAUAUGAUAGAACACGGUCCAAGCUAUCGUCCGUAUGACUGUAAUCUUUGCGCCAAAAAGUUCUAUUUCCGAGCCGAACUCGAGAAUCAUCUCAUUGAUCAUGAGUCUGGCCGCAUCAGCACCACCCCGGUGCAAACACCAUUAGAUGUGCAUGCAAAUACAUCGAAUGGCAUAAAACGAGAACAAAACCAAAUGAUAGACUCGAACGAAGACAGUGAUAGCGAAAAAGACAUCAAUCCUGAUACUAACAUCAAAUCCGAAUGUCAGCAAUAUUCGACUGAAACAAACGCUGAAGAGGACGACGAGUAUAUUGAAGUUGAACAGAUUGGUGAGAACAUCUCUGUCAAUGGGGAGAUGAACAAUGGCAAUCGACUAAAAAGCCCAGAGAUUGACGAUCAACGUGAAACAUCAUGCGAAAAGGACUGUUUGAGUGAUGAAAUAUAAAAUAUUAAUUCGCCUUGUGUGGAAGAAUGCACAAUUCCACAUGGCACGACGUCUGUAAAGGGUGUACAUAGAGUAAUUUGAAUUUAUUUAGAAACUGCACUGAACGUUUUAUUUUAAUAAUCACGAUGAUUUUGAUCAAUCAAUUUAUGAUAUUAAAAAGGUGUCGUUUUCUUGGUUUUGUGAAACUCAACGUAAAAAAAAGAACUAAAAGUUAUAAAAAUAAUAGGAAAAUAAUAAUUUUGAUUAAAUGGGAAAAAUUUGCAAAUGGAAGAAAGAAGAAAUCAAUGUCUUGAAUCUUCUUUGGUUCUAACUUUAAUAUAUAAUAUUUAGAUAUAAUAUUCAAACAGAACAAUUAUCUCAAUAUCAUACCACAUAUUGCAGCUAGGAUUGAUUGCAUCUGAAUGUUCCCGCAUUCUUAUGAGGCUUAUGCCACAAAAGUUUUUUUUGUCAGUCUAGUUUUUAGUCGGAAUUACUCGUUUGCUGAAUAUUCAGGUGUGAAGGUGCUAUUUCCUAGCACCUUAAACGGCAGUGAAUCACGUGGAUUGGUCUGACCCUCUGGCGAUUUAUAUCGAUUUCAUAUCAUAAAUCUUCUAUUGAAAAGGGAAGAGAGAAAAAUGUAUGAGUUUUUUUAUUUUUCGAUUUUUUUCACAGAUUUUUUGAAGAUUUUCCUCAUGGUUCUUCGACUUUUAAUAUAUUUCCGAUGAAUUAGAAGACGAAAAGGUUAAAAAUUAGGAAAAUCACAAAGCAAAAAAUCACCAUAAUAUCAUAAAAUCCAAAAUCUCAUUGAUUUUUCUUCCCGUUCCGACUGAAUGGCCACAAAGUUCAUCCUGGGGAUGGUUCAGGCCGAUUUCUUAUGUACAACUUGAACAAUUUAGCAACAAUUUGUUGCCCAUCCAGAAAUCUGGGGAACAAAAGUCGCUCGUCUCUCUUUCUAUUGAGGCACAUUCGCAUUUCAUCAUUUUAAAAGUCGAUUCACCCCAAUGUAUAAUAACUUACACACGAAAUGGAAUGUCGGAAUAAAAGUUCCGCUAGCAGCAAACGAACACAUCCAGCAAAAAAUUACACUCUGACUUUUAAUGUUUGAUUCCUUAAUUCUAUGCUAUUGUGAUCCCAUCUAUGCAAUUUUGUAUUUGCAUCAAAUUUUUCGCUUUAAGUACAGUCUUUAAGCAACUCCAAGUGUUUUGGUACCCCACGAAGUAGAAGGGAAAAAAACAUUGAAAACAAAUAAAAACAAUCAAAUUGUUAUAUGCCCCUGGAAAAAUUUAGACCAUGGCUGGUCAUUUUGGCGCAAUGUUCAUAUGAAUGCUCUAAAGUAAAAACAAUAUUUCAUACAUAUGGACCGCACAAAAUAAGAGGCUGAAUGUGUUGAAAUGAACUGUUUUCAAAAGAAGAACUCGAACAUUUUUACCGAAAAAAAUGAACUUAAAUCUGCCGAACGUAAAAGACAGUCACAUCGUUAUUGCAAUAACGACUAAAAACAUUAAAAUUGAACUAGCAGUUCAAAGUGUCUUCUUGCAUACGAUGAAUUACCACUUAUGUAAAGUAUUCGGGAAAAGCGGCCUCUUGUUUUAGACAGUUCAUAUAGCGUCCAAUUUGCGCCGAAGCGUAUGCUUAUAUGGAUUGAAUUGGUCUGUGCCCUGAAUUCGGUGCUAAUAUGGCUAGUAGCCAUUGGGCUACAGACGUGAUCUACCUUUUUCCAUAGGUGUUGCAUAAAUACGCGGAUCACGUAGCACAACAUUAAGGAAUCAGUUGGGCUUACUGAAUAAUGGGUCUUAAAGUGUAUGGAGGAGCGUUUAAAUUCAGUCAAAUGUAUCAUUAUUCAAAACCGACAGAAGGCUUUGAAUUGAACUUUGAAUAUAUUAAAAGCACCGAUCCCUCACUAGUACGUUAAUCUAGUACAAUGAAGAUGGCAUUGGCAGUCAUCUAUCCGUAAAAGAUAAUACUAUUUACUUUUAAAACGAGACACAUCCAACGAACUGUGCACAAAUUGCACUAUGCAAUUGCUCAGAGAUAUCCAUUUCUCCAUCUAAUUGAUAAUAAAUAAUUCUAAUGUUUAAGUAGUUUUUGUUUAAAUAAAUUUUUGCACAAUAGCACACUGAAUUAAAGCAAUCAAUGCUUUGAUAUAGACACUAGACUAAUAAUCGUUAAAAAAAUUUAAUGACAACAGUUAAGAAGAAUCACUUGCUGGUCGGAAUUCUUUUUAGAUUUUCAUUUCAACAAAAUUUCAGUUAAUUAUUUCAAUGGAAAUUUUUUGUUUAUAAUCAUUUCAAUUUCGUUACAAAUCGCCUAAUUUAUUCAAGCUAAUAUAAAUUCAAUUUGGGAAAUGAUUGUAAAAAAAAAUAUUUGAAAUUAAUAAAAUAUUCUCAUCGAGUUAUUAUUUCGA